UUUAAGGGUUGAAAACUAAGACUGCUAUGAAGAUAGAAAUGCAAGGAAAUCUCUUAAAAGUGAAGUUGUAUGUAUUAAGCAGGCAUUGAAUCCCAUGCAAGCUGCAAUGGAAGAGAUUCCAGUUAAAGUAGCAGUGAGAAUAAGACCUCUACUUGCAAAAGAAGUACUUCACAACCAUCAAGUGUGUGUGAGAUUAAUUCCAAAUACUCAGCAAAUUAUCAUUGGAAAGGACCGUGUUUUUACUUUUGAUUUUGUUUUUGGCAAACAUUCAACCCAAGAUGAAGUGUAUACAACCUGUAUUAAGCCAUUGGUGGCAUCUUUGAUAGAAGGAUAUAAUGCAACAGUUUUUGCCUAUGGACAGACAGGCUCUGGAAAGACUUACACUAUCGGAGGAGGUCAUGUGGCAUCAGUGGCAGAGGAAGAGAGAGGUAUCAUUCCACGUGCAAUCCAAGAAAUAUUUCAGAUUAUUUUUGAAAACCAUAAUAUUGACUUCACAGUGAAAGUUUCUUACAUAGAAGUCUACAAAGAAGAACUCAGAGAUCUACUGGAACUGGAGACAUCUAUGAAAGACCUUCACAUUAGAGAAGAUGAAAAAGGCAAUACAGUCAUUGUUGGUGCCAAAGAUUGCCAAGUUGAAAGUGUGGAAGAAGUGAUGAGCCUGUUGGAAACUGGGAAUGCUGCUCGACAUACAGGCACUACCCAAAUGAAUGAACAUUCUAGCAGAUCUCACGCUGUUUUUACAAUCAGUAUUUGUCAACAACAACAAGCUGCACAGCCUCAGAAGGAUACAGACUCUGCACAAGAUUCAUCUCGAAGUACAGGCCAGCUGAUUGCUUCUAAGUUCCACUUUGUGGACCUUGCCGGAUCAGAAAGAGUAACAAAAACUGGAAACACUGGGGAAAGGUUCAAAGAAUCAAUUCAGAUCAACAGUGGCUUAUUGGCUCUGGGGAAUGUGAUAAGUGCUCUUGGAGACCCAAAGAGAAAAAGUGCACAUAUUCCAUACAGGGAUGCUAAAAUUACACGUAUUCUUAAGGACUCUUUAGGAGGCAAUGCGAAGACUGUCAUGAUAACUUGUAUUAGCCCGUCUUCUUCUGAUUUUGAUGAAUCACUAAAUUCCAUCAAAUAUGCAAACAGAGCCAAAAAUAUUAGAAACAAACCUAUUGUCAACUACAACCCAGACUGGGACCGUAUUGAUGAAAUGGAGCUUGCAAUCAAGUUGCUUCGUGAAGCUUUGCAGAAUCAGCAGGUUAGUGGACAGAUCCCUGGCAGCCAAGGAUCACAGGAUUUGUCUCAGGACAGGAAUAGAAUCCGUUCUCUUGAAGAGCAGCUUGCCCAACUUGAAGUAGAAAGUUUCAACUACCGAAAUUGCAUAGAAGAAGCCUAUGCAUUUCUUGUUGACUUAAAAAGUAUUGCCAGCCUAUCAAAAAGUCAACAUGAAAGAUUGCAAGAUUGGAUCUGUAUGGCUCAGGAACUCAGGAAAGAGGCUUCAACCAUUCCCAAAGUAAACAGUGGAAGUGGAGGUGACCCAGAAGGACCAUAUCAUAUUACAAUUCUUCAGCUAAAGAGAGAGCUGAAGAAAUAUCAGCAGGCUCUUGCUACAGAUGCAGAAGUGUUUAGUGAGAGAGAGUUUGAGAUAAAAGUAUUACAAGAUCAAAUACAAAAGCUGAUAAAGGAGAAUCGAGAAUACCUGGAUUCUCUGAAGGAGGCACAGGACACAAAUAGGCUACAGAAUGAGAAACUGGUGGAGCAGCAGCUUGUAAUUGACCAGCUAAAUGACACAUUAGAGAAAAUGUCAAAAGCCUCUGCCUCCAGUGGUGCUUGUGGAGAUGGACCAGCUACAUUAAUAUCUGCUAAAAGGCCUUACAGUGUUCCAUUAACUAAACAUUUGGUGCAGUCCAUUAAUGCACCUGUGGGGUUGGAUUCUCGAAAGGUACACACAAGCCCUCCUACAUACUCCCUAAACAGAGUAAUUGCUGGAUUUCAAACCCGUAGCCAAAUAAUGUUGGAUCACAUAGAAGAACAAGAUGAAGUUCUUCAUAGCUGCUUUUCUGAUCACAGUGAUGAAGAUGAAAGAAAUGCCAAGAAUAGAAAGAGACUCCCAUUUAGACGCUCCUUAAACCGUACGUGGACACGAAAACAGGCUCCUCCUGGCACUAUACUUGAACAUAAAGAGAUGCAGUGCAAUUUCAGUUCACAAGAUGGAGACAUUUCACAGAUGGAAACUGUUACAGGUGCUGAUAUUGAAUGUAUCCAGAAAAGUCAGAUACUAAACAUGCAGAAGUUAAGGAAUUCAGAGCUAAAACUUAUUGCUGCUAAGCAAAAAAUGAGUGAACUUACACUUAAUAUCAGAAUGAAGGAGGAACUUAUUAAAGAACUGGUAAAAACAGGUAAUGAUGCCCAAUCCGUAAGCAAGCAGUAUUCUCUGAAAAUAACACAACUGGGACGUGAAGCGGAGCAGGCCAAAAUGGAUUUAGCUGAAACGCAAAAGCAGUUGCAGGAGCUAGAGAACAAGGAACUAAGAGACAUUGCUGAAAAGGCCAGAUUACAAAAAGAAUUUAGAAAAAAGAUGGAUGCAGCAAAGCUAAAAGUACAGGUCUUGCAGAGAAAACAGCAGGAAACUAAGAAACUGGCGUCAUUAUCCACCCAGAAUGAGAAGCGUGUAUUGGAAGUGGAACAGAAUGUCAGCCACAUGAAAAAUCAACAAGCUGAACUACAGAAAAGGUUGCGAGAGGAAAAUGAAAAAAAGAAAAUCUUGGAGGCAGAAAUUCAACAGGGGCAACUGCAGAUCAGGGAACUUCAACAAAAGACAGAACAACAGGAGAAGAUUCUAAAACUAAAAGAUGAAGAAAUUGCUGCAUUUAAGAUGAAAAACUCAGCUGAAACACCACAGCAACUGCAGAAAUUAGAAGACAAAAAGAAAUGGCUAGAUGAAGAGCUAGAGAAGGUUUUGCGUCAACGUGAAGACUUAGCUAAUCUGGAAGAAGAUUUAAAAAGAAGAGAAGUGAUCAUUUCCAAGAAGGAAACAUUGAUACAAGAGAAAAACCAUUUGGAAAUUAAAAAACUGAGAUCCAGUCAGGCGCUCAAUAAAGACAGUUUGAAAUUAUCUACCCGUCUGAGCAUGGUGGAUCAGGAAUUAUGUGACAAAAAUAUGCAGCUUCAGAGCAGCAGCAGUGAUGAGCAGGGAAAGAUUUUUGAAGAGGUUCAAGCUCUGCAGAAGGAAAGGGAUCAACUGCUGAAAAGAAGGAACAGUGUGGAUGAGAAACUAAAGAAUGGCAGAGUGUUGUCACCCGAAGAAGAACAUGUUCUAUUCCAACUUGAAGAAGGGAUUGAAACCUUGGAAGUUGCCAUUGCGUACAAGAAUGAAAGUAUCCAAAACCACCAGAACUCAGUCAGAGCCUCAACACAAAUCCUCACACAGAGCGACGCCAAUAUGAUGGGGAAAUUGGUUUCCUUGUCUGCUACUGAGCUGCGAGCAAUUCUCUUAAAGUAUUUUAAUAAGGUUGUCAGCCUCCGUGAGACUGAACGUAAAUUGCAACUGCAGGCUGAAGAACUUGGAAUGAGGGUAAUGGAACAAGAAAACAUAGUGAGAGAACUUGAGUUGGCACUUGAGCAUCUCAUGCUGCAAUGUGAUAGGCGUCUGACUCUCCAGCAAAAAGAACAUGAACAAAAGAUGCAAUUAAUAUUACUUCAUUGCAAAGCAGAACAAGACGGUGAAAGUAUUGCAGAAACUCUUACAACAUAUGAAGUUAAAGUCCAACAACUGGAAAGAGACCUGUUCUUCUAUAAGAAAACUAGCCGAGAAUCAAAGAAGAAGUUAAAGGAACUGCUUGGAGAAUCAAUACACCAUCCUCUGACUCAAAGUUAUUGUUCUACUGAAAGGAUACUGAUCCAAGAAGAACCAAGUACCACAUCAGAAGAACUCAGGACAUCCAAGUCAACAGGGAAAUUAAAAGAAACAAACCACUCAGCAGAUGGUUUAGGAGUGCAGGGGGGAAAAAACAAAUUUGAAGAAGCUGCAGAAAUGGGAUCCAAUAUAUCUGAUAGUCUGGAAGAGCAAGCUGGGAAUUUACGGCAGCCUGCAAAAUCUCAAUCACAAGCAUUCUGUCAUUCUCAGGCAAGAGAGACUGUGACCCUGCUUCAAGGAAUAACCCCAGUAAAACUUUCUCGCAAAGAAUUACGUCAUAUCCCUGCUUCUGAGCUUUCAUCAAGGCGCUCAGGCCUUACAGUUGGUAUAAAUUCUGCUCCUGCAGACUCCAUUGAAAUACCUAGAAAAUCUAAUGACUAUAAGAUAUAAUUAAUCCUGUAAUAUUUUGAAAGUAAGCACACAGUCUCUAAUAUUUCUAAUUUAUUUCAUAAUGUUCAUAUGAAUUACUUCUAGCUGCUGUGCCUCACUGUAGGGCACUUAUUGUGUUCAUAUAGAAAUCUAUGCCUUAUUGGCACAGUAAUGUUGUGAAGGGCAGAGACCAAAUGAAUUUUUGUGCUUAAAGAAUUAAAUUAAAAUGCUUAUACUCCUUACUUUUUUUUAGAAUUAGCAUGGCUUUUUAUGCCAUGUCUUCUUAUCUCCUUACUGCAAAGAUUCUUAGGGCUGGUUCACACAAUACAUUUGUCUGCAUAAGCAAUCCUGACCAUACCUGAGGGAAUAUUCAUGAGAACAAAUGUAAUGUAUAAAACUGAGCAAUCACAGUUAUAGCUGGAUAGUGCAGCUGCAAAAACAAACAAAAACGACGCACCAUAUUACAGGAAGUCCUGCUGACUGUAUCUGUAUUUGGUCAUGUUUACACAGUGUAGAUGUCUGCUUAAACAUGUAGGUAGAGACAAUCCGGAGUGCCCACAUGGACAAAUAAAUAUUGUGUGAACUGGCCCAUUGUAAGGUCUCCAUAGAGACAGCAGCAAUAAUUGGUUUCUGAAUCCUCAUCAGUCUAGCCAUAUUUAUGUUGAAGUUUAUUAACAAAGCACUAUUUGACUCU